CUCUCUCUCUCUCUCUCUUUCUUUCUCCCCCCCUUCCCUUUUCUCUCUCUAAAACCCUAGAUAACUCGAGCGAGAGCGCUAGAGAAGGAGAGAGAGAGAGAGAGAUGUCCGAGAGUAGGGAUUCGGCGAUCAAGCUCUUUGGGAAAACGAUUCCGCUGCAACCUACUGGGGAGCAUCCUCCGAUCACCGAUUGUGGCGGGGACGGUGGCCGAGAAGAGGAAAAGUUUCAGGACCUCCAAGAGAAUGAAGCUCCUCCUAACACCGAAAACCAAGACCAAGAGUUGGCAAAUUCAGAAGGAAAGCCUGAGCCUCCUCCUUUGCCGCCUACGCCAACGGAUUCCUCGAAACCAUCUCCUCCUGAUGCGGCUACGGAGAGUAGCUCACAGCCCGAACAGAAGUCGAGCAAUACAUCAUCGAGCGAACCGAAGGAGAAAACCCUGAAAAAGCCCGACAAGAUCCUCCCUUGCCCCAGAUGCAGCAGCAUGGACACAAAGUUCUGCUACUUCAACAACUACAACGUCAACCAACCACGCCACUUCUGCAAGAAGUGCCAGAGAUACUGGACGGCCGGCGGUUCCAUGAGAAACGUGCCGGUUGGAGCCGGUCGGCGAAAGAACAAGAACUCCAGUUCCCAUUAUCGGAACUUAACCGUGCCAAGUCCCUCUCUUCGAGUAGUUGGUGCUAACAAUAGCUGUACCGUACUAAGCUUCGGUCCGGAUGCCCCUCUCUCCAAACCAAUGGCUUCCGUGCUUAGUGUCGGAGAUCAAACAAUGAAGGACCGUACUCGAAACGGAGUGAUAGUGCCGGAAAAUGGCGCAGAGAAAUCAAGUGGGUCUUCCGUGAUUGAACGGAAUUCGGAGGAGGAGAGAAGGAUUAAUUCGAAAGAGAAGACUGCUGAAAAAUGUCAAGGGAUUGGUAAUCAGUUCCCCAGCCCAUGUUUGAAUGGUACUGCUUGGGCCUAUAAUCCUUUCUAUGCUCAGAGCUUUGCUAUACCAUUGUACCCUGCACCUUACUGGGGUUGCACCAUGCCUGCUAAUUGGACAAUUCCAUGGGCAUCAAAUUUUGCGGUUAAUACUAACUCUCCAACCUUAGGCAAGCAUUCGAGGGAUGGAAAUGGGAUCAAAGAAGACAACACAAACAAAGCAGGAAACCGCAACGCAGCCCCGCAGGAAAAAUGUGUGUGGGUUCCCAAGACGCUUAGGAUCGACGAUCUCGAUGAGGCCGCGAAGAGUUCUAUCUGGGCGAUGAUCGGCAUAAAGAACGGUGAGCGGGGCUCGGUCUUCAACGCAUUCCAGACUAAAGUUGAUGCUAAGGAUUAUUCUGCGGAGAAUUUGCAGCUUCUGCACGCUAACCCCGCGGCUUUUUCGCGGUCUGUCAACUUCCAUGAAAGCUCUUAGUUAAGCUUUUUAACUCCAUAUGUAUACAUACCAAAGUAGAGAAUAUUGAAAAAUUUUGUAAAUUAGAUGAGGAUUUGACUAUGCUGUUUAUGAUGGUUGUGUUGUAUUUUGUAAAUGUAAAUAGCUACUGAGUGAGAAAAGAGUGGGAAGGAUAAAAACGAGAGAGAGAUUUGCUGUUGUAUAUAUAAAUAAAUUUGCUUAUGUAGCUGUAGAGGAUUUAUUUUUGACUUCUUUGUA